UCCUUACACAAUUGGUACUUAGGUACAGCAAAAAUAAUCUCAUUAACAGUAAAUACAUGUUUUUUAUUUAUUUAUUUUCCGUGCACAGGAAGUCCGGAAAGGAUGGUUGCAGUGUUGAUAUGGAGCUGACAUCUUUGCUCGGCUGCACGGUUGGAUAACCUAGCAAGCUAGCGCUAAACGGAUUUAACAGAGGGUAAACAAAUGUGUUGACUCACAAAUUGAGCUUUAUAGAAAACAAGAGGCUAUGGCAUUGAAAUUGUUCAGAUAAUAAACAACUUCCAGGGAUAAAAGACAGUAUGUCGGCGUUGCUGUUGCUGUUGCAGCAUCGUAGUGGUGUUUGUAGAAAAUACAGUACAGGGUUAUUGUGGACACUGUCAAGGCGAAACUCUCACCUACUAUCACACAAGCCUUCAUCCAGCAAUAGUGUUCAAAAUGUGCUGCUCAGGUGUGCUAAUGUCAGAAAGGUACUUCUUUCAAAAUCGAAUCGGACACUUACAAGUGAACCACAGAAACUCAUUCAGAGCCUCCUCCACAGACCCUUGGGUCCUGGCAUGGUGGGACUUAGCAAAGAGUUAAUCAGAAACAACCUGCUGAGGAACCCUGUUGGUUUGGUAAAUCUAUUAGGGUCUAUAAACUUCUUUAGUACAUCUCAAUCUAAACAAGAGAAAAAUAAAGGCAGUGGACCAAAGGGAAAAACUCCAGUGGAAGAUGAAGAGGAGAAAAAGCGCAGAGACCAGGAACGCCAGAUGUACAGGGACCGGCUGCGGACCCUCUUCAUCAUUGCGCUCGUCAUGAGCUUGCUGAACUCCAUCAAUACCAGCGGUGGUAACAUCUCUUGGAACGACUUUGUCCAUGAGAUGUUGGCCAAAGGAGAGGUGUCCCGUGUGCAGGUCUCUCCUGAGAGUGACAUUGUAGAAAUCUACCUUCAUCCCGGAGCAGUUAUUUUCGGAAAGCAGAGGCUAGCACUCAUGUACAGAAUGCAGGUUGCCAACAUUGACAAAUUUGAGGAGAAGCUGAGAGCUGCUGAAGAAGAGCUGAAUAUUGACGCUAAGGAUAGGAUACAGGUGUCCUACAAACGCACCGGAUUCUUCCGCAAUGCAGUCUAUGCUCUAGGGAUGGCUGCUAUUGGCGUAGCUAUUCUCUGGUAUAUCUUCCGACUAGCUGGCAUUGGGGGCAGAGAAGGUGGCUUCAGUGCUUUUAAUCAACUGAAGAUGGCCAAGUUCACCAUUGUGGACGGCAAGUCAGGUAAAGGUGUGAGCUUCAAGGAUGUGGCGGGGAUGCACGAGGCUAAGAUGGAAGUAAAGGAAUUUGUCGACUACCUCAAGAAUCCAGAACGAUACCUUGUACUGGGAGCCAAGGUUCCCAAGGGUGCCUUGCUGCUGGGGCCCCCAGGUUGUGGAAAGACCCUCCUGGCCAAGGCUGUAGCCACCGAGGCCCAGGUCCCCUUUCUGGCUAUGGCAGGCUCUGAGUUUGUGGAGGUCAUUGGAGGCCUGGGUGCUGCUAGGGUGAGGAGUCUGUUCAAGGAGGCUCGAGGCCGAGCGCCAUGCAUCGUCUACAUCGAUGAGAUCGAUGCUGUGGGAAAGAAGCGCUCCACCAACACGUCGGGUUUCUCCAAUACUGAAGAGGAGCAGACUCUCAACCAGCUGCUGGUAGAGAUGGAUGGAAUGGGAACAACAGACCACGUCAUUGUCCUUGCUUCCACCAACAGAGCAGAUGUCUUGGACAAUGCUCUCAUGAGACCCGGCAGACUGGACAGGCACAUCUUUAUAGAUCUGCCCACACUGCAGGAGAGGAGGGAGGUCUUUGAGCAACAUCUUAAGAUCUUGAAGCUGACCCAGCCCCCGGAAACCUACUCUCUGCGUCUAGCUGAGCUCACCCCAGGCUUCAGUGGCGCAGACAUUGCUAACAUCUGUAACGAAGCCGCCCUGCAUGCUGCCAGGGAAGGGCACAAGUCCAUCGAUACCUUUAACUUUGAGUAUGCAGUGGAGAGAGUAAUAGCAGGGAGUGUAAAGAGGAAUAAGAUCCUGUCUAAAGAGGAGCAGAGGAUUGUUGCCUUCCAUGAGUCUGGACAUGCUUUAGUGGGAUGGCUUCUUGAGCACACAGAGGCAGUCAUGAAGGUGUCCAUUGCUCCGCGUACUAAUGCCGCCCUGGGAUUCGCCCAGAUCUUACCUCGUGACCAGUACCUGUUCACAAAGGAGCAGCUGUUUGAGCGGAUGUGCAUGGCUCUGGGAGGACGAGCUGCUGAGGCCAUCAGCUUUAACAAAGUUACAACAGGAGCUCAGGAUGACUUGCGUAAGGUGACCCGUGUGGCCUACUCUAUGGUGAAGCAGUACGGCAUGUGUGACAGCAUUGGCCAGGUCUCAUUCCCCGAGACAGAGCAGCAAAACGGCGUCGGACGCAGACCCUUCAGCCAGGGCCUGCAGCAGCAGAUGGAUCAUGAGGCUAAGAUGUUGAUAGCGCGUGCUUACAGGCACACCGAGAAGAUCCUACUGGACAACAGAGACAAGCUGGCACUGUUGGCCAACGCGCUGAUAGAUCGAGAGGUGGUGAACUACGAGGACAUUGAGGCGUUGCUGGGGCCACACCCCCAUGGGCCCAAGAAGCUGAUUGCCCCACAGAACUGGUUGCAGGCCGAGAGGGACAAACAAGACACGGGAGAGGACCAACCUCCCCCACCUCCCCGUAAAGACAGAGACGAGGACGCAAAUCCACAGAUGGCCUGAUAUUAAAGUGAAUGUAUCAGAAUUGUUCAAAUGCUGCAUUUUGUGGGGUCACCAGGGGAAUUGUAUAAAACCUGGUAUUGAUUCCUUACUUUGAAGCUUUAUAUGCCUGAAAGGGAAAUCAUCAACGUUCCCAUGCAUAUGUCGUGUUUCAAAUACACUUGUUUUCUAGCUGACCCUAAAACACACCAAAUACUUUUUUUUCUGUAAUGUGUUUGCUGCACAGCCAUAUUAGGUCAUCGAAGCACUCAAAUCAGUUCUAUUUAAAUGUCUCUUACUAGCCUAAACUACGGAUAUUUUAGAAAAGCUCUCUGAAUUGCAAAAAUAUACAUACUGUAUGUGCUACAGUUGGUUUUAUGCAUCUAUACUGUUGCAUAUACAGGUUUGGAUUAAAGUAAUACUUGAGGAUUUGUUAUUUAAAAUCUGCAAAUUAUAAAGCAACUGCUAGCUGUUUGUAACAGUAACAUACUGUACUAAUAAAAGUUGAUCUUAGGUGUGAUUUUGUCCGAGCUAACCCUUUGUACCGGUGUAAUGAUGAAACGACAAAUAGGCUAAAGGUUUGUUGUGUUGAAUAUGCAGCUGAUUUGACUUCACACAUCUGUCCUUUUCUCACCAUGAUUAAAUAGGUUGAAGGAAGUGUUUUUUUUAUAAUUCAAAUCCUAGUUUUGGUUUGUUUUAUGCGAGUGAGUAUGGAGUCCAAAAGGAUGGCGUUGUUAAAUAUGAAAAUAAAGUGAUGUAAAUAAUG